UGUUAAUACACAGACUGUGGUGCAGUUGACAGCUUGUUGUGUGCCUUGUACGUAUUACCGGAAAACGGGUCAAAUUCUUAUUUUCGCUUACUUUUUCUUGAAUUAAAACGUGAAUUACAGGCGUAAUAUUACGUAAAAAUGAUAAAGACCACGUUGAAGUACACAGGACCAUCCCUAACCAAUUUUCUUAAACAUCACUUCUCGACAACAUCUUUGAACAAUGCAGCCCCCCAAACCGCCAUUCUUAUGCUCAAUAUGGGCGGACCACAAAAUAAAGAUCAAGUUGGAGACUAUCUACUUCGCAUUAUGACGGAUCGUGAUAUGAUUCAAUUACCAGUGCAGAGUAAAUUAGGUCCAUGGAUAGCACAACGUCGUACACCGGAAGUUCAGAAGAAGUACGAAGAAAUCGGUGGCGGUUCCCCAAUUCUGAAAUGGACGAACAUACAAGGCGAGCUAAUGUGUAAAGAACUGGACAAGAUAUCUCCUGAUACUGCACCACACAAACACUAUGUGGGAUUCCGUUACGUGAAUCCUCUUACGGAAGAUACACUUGCUCAAAUUGAAAAGGAUAAUCCAAAACGUGUUGUGAUAUUUUCUCAAUAUCCACAGUACUCAUGUGCGACAUCAGGAUCGAGCUUCAAUUCAAUUUACACGCACUAUAAGAACAGUAACUUCCCAUCACAAAUUAAAUGGAGUGUAAUUGAUCGUUGGUCAACUCACCCUCUGUUGGUGAAAGUAUUCGCUGAUCGCAUAAAGGACGAACUAAAACAAUUUCCAGGCGACAAACAAAAGGAAGUUGUCAUUCUAUUUUCCGCGCAUUCUCUACCACUUCGUGCCGUUAACCGUGGCGAUCCGUAUCCAUCGGAAGUUGGAGCGACCGUGGAGUUGGUGAUGCGAGAGCUGGAUAAUUGCAAUCCAUACUGUUUAGUUUGGCAGUCUAAAGUGGGACCACUGCCAUGGCUUGAACCUUCUACUGAUGAUGCUUUGAAAGGCUAUGUUAAACAGGGAAAGAAAAACUUCAUAUUAGUGCCUAUUGCAUUUGUUAAUGAACAUAUCGAGACUUUGCAUGAAUUAGACAUUGAGUACUGUCAUGAUCUAGCCAAGGAGAUUGGUGUAGAAAAAAUACGACGCGCCGCUGCUCCAAAUGAUCACCCAUUGUUCAUUCAAGCAUUGAGCGAUUUGGUAGCUACGCAUUUAAAGGGGAACAAAUCCUUAAACCCAAAAUUUUUGAGUAGGUGUCCAAAAUGUGUGAAUCCACGAUGCAUUGAAAGUAAACGAUGGUAUGGAGAGAGAAUGUGUGCUCAAUCGUAAGACAACCGUUGGUUUAGGAAACACAUUUGGCUUGCAGGUUAAGCAGCGAAAUUAUCACAUAUUCUACAUGGGUUGUUAUUGACACACUAAGUGUGUUAGUAAUAAGUGUUGUGUUUAUAAAUUUUGAGAAAUAUAUUUCAUAUUUUUUGUAUCAUUUCAUCCGUACAAUAAAGAAUAAAACGUGAUGUUUUUAUUUCACUGU